CAGAAACGCGAAAGAAGGACGCUGCGUUGUUUAUGUUCGUGCUUAGGUCUGUUGUGUGUGUGGUGUAUUUACUAUAAUCAGCUGGGCAUGAAAUCAUGGCGGCUGAUGGUUCCGUGCAUUCCAGUGUUGUGCCCAGGAAGACGUCCUCUCUUCUGCUGUCCGGUGAAAUAGUGUCGGCAACACACUUUCAGGAAGAGAACCUAUCCGUGUACUUCCACUUACAAGUCGACGGAGGAUGGCAACCACUUUCUCCCGUCUCCUGGAUGACCCACACUUCGCGAGCGGCAACCGUUGGAACGAACAACGUGUGCUGCUUAGCUCAUCCCUUCGAGGUUCGUCUGGAGCGUCGCAACACAGAGGAUGUUCUCGGCAGCGUCGGAAAACUUCUCAUCCAGGUAGUGUCCCGUGACCGCUGGGGUAGCUACUCCGUGCAAGGUUACGCGAGUUGCAACGUUCCCGCAGAACCAGGUUCAUUCACCCUGCUCCUGAGGACGUGGCGGCCUUCGAGCAGAAACGCUACUUUGCAGCAUUACUUUAUGGGAAGACAUACAACUCCGUUGGACGUGAAGAUGCACGGUUCAUACGGGUCGUCCAUUGAAAGCGGAGGCACGGUGUCUGCUCGGAUCAGCAUCGUUUACCAGGGCGUACCUCGUAAAGCGACAUUUUUCGACGCAGCCAUUGCCAGGGACAACCAAGCAAGCAUCAAAGAGGUCCUGGCUUCCUUCCACCGUGCAAGGAGCAAGAUGCUGGCGGAAUUAUCACAUUUUACUUGACCUUUUACAUAUGUUACCUGACCUUCACCUUUACCUUUUUUUUUUACCUUUGACUUGACCUUACAUGACCUUGACUUGACUUGGCUUUAACUGCCCUUUUACGAGGGGCGUUCAAAUCAGACCGGGACUUUUCAUUUUUCGCAAAAGUAAAAUGAACUUACAGGCGAGAAAUUAGCUUUAUUUUUCCACGUAAUCUCCAGCUGCACUAAUGCGCUUGUCCCAGCGUCUCACGAAGGCUUGAUUGCCAGCAGCGUAGAAAUCCUUACCGGCGCGUAGCCAGCCAUGGUCUGACCGCAUUCUUGACCUCGUCGUCGCAGCUGGGCCCCUAAGGAACGCCUUCAGUGGCCCGAAGAGAUGGAAAUCGCUGUGGGCGAGGUCUGGACUGUAAGGGGGAUGUGGCAGCAACUCCCAACCAAGUUCCUGUAAGGUGCGUGUCGUGAGAUGCUCGGUAUGCGGGCGUGCAUUGUCCUGUAGGAUGAGGACCCCUUUGGUGAUGAGGCCCGGCCGAUUUUGCUUCAGCGCCUUAUGCACACUCUUGAGAAUCUGGCAAUAAUAUGCACUAUUGAUCGCACUAUAUGCACUAUUGAUAUCGAGACAUGUUAUCGGUCGGUUCUUGAAGAUCAGGCGCUCCACAAGUUGGAUGUUGUCAGGAACUCUGAUGCUGGGCUCUGAGCCGCCCCGGCCGGGGUCGUCUUGCACGGCCGUCUCGGAACCGUUUGCACCACUCAAAGGCUUUGUUGCGGCUAAGUGUUGUCAUAGUCCAAAGCGGCAACCGUCACAGCAUGAAGGGGCAUCUUGAAGUGUUUAUUAUACGUAUUGCGUACGAACUACAAGCACAACAAAACAUGUGCACACAGACGUGCAACGACGAGCGACGGACAUGCUGGCAUGCGUCAGCAUGAAUAUGUGUCACACACAAGCGAUAGUCUGGCCCGACCGCCAACAUCAACCAAGCGGCAUAGGGGGCGCUAGUAACAUGCACCCAACUAAAUAGAUACAUGACAGUGUAUCGUGGCCAUACUGAGCCUGAAGUCUUCUGUGAAUUUCAGAUGACUUUACGCCUUCAUUCACGAGAAACUUCAUGGCAAUUCGCUGUUCGAUGUGCGCGCUCACCUCGUUGUCGGCCAUCUUGUCCAGCGCGUGUCUUCUGUUUUGCACAAACUUUGGACCACCACGUGGUGAACGCGGAGGCCUGUCGCGUGUGAAAAUGACAAAAAAAAGUAGCGCGGGUCAUUUGUACAGCCAUGAGACAGAAAGUCCCGGUUUGACUUGAACACCCCUCGUACAUUUUACUUGGUUUUAAACGAGUGCGCACCAUCCGAAACCACUUUGUGUUUCGGGUUGUUCACCAUGGAGCCUUCUACUCCCGUUAACCUAGAAGGAAAGCUUCUAUGAUGACAGUGGACAGUCAUCAGGAUCAUCUUCGAUAGUGCACCUCACAUUGUCUGUCUUUGAUUCGGCAGAAAAGGUGGGGGCAGUACACAAAGUUGCAAAACAGACGGAUGCUGCCUUUAUGCAAGGUACAACGAAUUCCAAUCGAAUAAACAGGUGUGACGUGGGGACUAAGGAAGUUGAGUUCAGCGACCAAGUCUCAGCUGUUGUCGGCGAGGAAGAGAGAUCUUCAACAAAGAUAAUCAUUUGCUAGAACGUAGGGACAGCCCUGACAAAUAUACGAGCAUUCGUACAGAACGUCCUACAGUCUCUCGUUCCCUAGCCAGAACCUUGCUUCCAGAUCUCGUCUUUUUUUUUUUUUUUUUUGCUUGCCAUAUGUUAAGGACGUCUGCUCUGUUGCAGGUUUCGAGUGACUGUUGUCUUAUGAAUUCGACCGCAGAGGCAGGGAUGGACAGUAAAUACUUUUUUUUUGUAGUUUAACUACAACGACCAACUGUACCUCUUGACAUUGUAGUUUAACUACUAACUGUAACUACAUCAUAGCACUAGUUAAAACUAUUUUGUAACUACUGGGACGAAGUUUAGCUACAUUUUUAGCUACAGUCUUAAAAAUGAAUUUCACCGUAUAGCACGCUCCUAGCCGACCAUGAUCUCGAAUGAUAUCGUUAUCUGCCUUGAUUUGUUGAAGACGGGAGGCGUGCGCCUUUGUUGUGACACUUAUGCUGUUCGGUGCUUCUGCUGUUCUGCCGUGCGGUGAAGUUCAUUUUUAAGAGUGUACCUUUGCAUUUUGUGCGUGGUGUCCAGCCUGAAGUACACCGACGGUUUAAGCAGGACGGUUUCGUUAGCGACCAUCGUGGGAACAUGCCUGUUGCCUGAACACUUCAUAUAUCGGGUGUUGCCUUAUCCACCAAUGAAUUACGUGUUCUUGAGCUGACUUCGCAACGGGGAGUGCUGAGUAACAGCGUCAUACAGACUUCGCCAGUCCCCAACCCCGCUUAUCUGACUGAUAUGCGCCCUUUCUCUGUUAUGAUCGCGCGGACGAAACACAGUUUAUCGCAUAGUACACUCUUAA